UGAUCUCCGAAUAGAACAACAGAAAAUUCCUGAGAUAUUGGAUCGCGGUGAUCGGUGCUAUUUCGUGAUACCGCCAAGAAAACCAACAGUGCCAAAGUGCGCGAGUUUCUUCUGUUUGUGCACAUUGCAGGAAUAGCACUUCUAGGAUACACUUCUAGGAUUAAACGGGGGAUGAGAGAAUAGAAGCAAAUAAAAAUGUCGCAAGUUGAACGGAAAGAGUACCAAGAAUCGAAAGUAAUGAGGACAGUGUCACCUGCUCGAAGAAACUAUAGCUCAAAUCAAAAUUUAUCCCAAUUCGAUAGCAACUUAGAUUACCUCCUUGAAGACCUUCAAAACUCAGUAUCUCGUCCAGGAAGUUCGUUAGGAUACAACAGUAGUGGAAGUCAUACACACAGGGAAACUUCCCGUGUUGUGGAUACAGGCAGAAGUAACUCGCUGAAUAGAAUCGCCCAAUUAAAACCUUCAAAUCCAGUAGAAUAUUCUUCGGAUGAUGCUUACAAUUAUACAAGUCCAGAUGGAAACCAAAAAGUUAGUGGUUAUAAAAAAGAAAAAUACAUUUACAAAACUACCAGUGAGGAUAUAACUCCAGACAAGAUAAGAACUCAAAAUAGUAUAAAUCAACUAGAUAAUUUAUUAGAUGAUCUACAACAAGUGAAGAAAUCCUCGUUUUUGGACUCAGAGACUUAUAAUAGCCCUGGAUCCGAUCCAAAGUAUCAAAGCUCCAUAUCGAAGAAAUCUAUUAAUAGAGAACUCCACUACGGAGAUACUCCUCGAAGCAGUUCCAGAAGCCGAACCCUUGAAAGAGACGGUACGCUACAGAGGGACGUGGAGUACAUCAGCGAAGGUACUUACAGUGAUACCCGCACGAACCGUCCAGUCUCCCCAGCCGUCACCUCCAGAACCUCAACGCUAAGCAAGCAGACCAAAGUCAACAACAUCCACGAGUACCCUGUCGAGGUCAUCGAAACAGUCACUCCAGAAAUAGAUCCUGAAGUGCUGGCCCACUUGGACCCUAACUUAAGACCUCCUGGUAACACCAAAGUUACCACUACCAUCAAAACUUACACUUACGAAAUCCCCGGUUCUGGAGACUUCCCCACGAACGUCAACGACUCUACUGCCACUGAGCAAAAAUAUGUUUACUCACCUAACAAAUCUAUAACCACGCCGAGCAAGAGUUUUGUCUAUAAUAAAGUCGAGAACAAAGAGAACACCAUCGUGCAACAACAGGAUAAUUAUCCUCCUUAUCAAAAACCAAGUCCUCCAGGAGGUGUCUUAGUGAAAGAAACCAUCACUACUCGCAACUACCAACCAGGCUACAGGGUUGACAAAAAUCCACCAACUACGAACCAAACAUACAUAUACAACGAGACCAACACCACCACGAAGAACGUUGAUAACGGAUACCCACCGGCACCACCACCACCCCCAGCCCAAAACACGUACAUACUUAAAGAAACCACUACGAACGUGAACCAAAGUGAGCCUCCGAGAAGCUAUCCCCAUCAACCUGGAAAGGAGACGUAUAUUUUGAAGGAAACCCACAAUACUAAUGUAACUGAAUAUCCCCAACGGCCUGAGCCUUAUCAACCUGGAAAGCAAACGUAUAUUAUCAAGGAGACGCACAAUACAACUGUAAAUGAUAGAUAUCCACCUCCUCCUCCUCAACAGCCAGAGAGCUAUCCCCCAGGAAGGGAGACAUAUAUUAUUAAAGAAACUCAUAAUACCACUGUUAAUGAUAGACCUUACUCGGAAAGAGGAUAUCCUGUGUACAAUCCACCUGAUGAACGAAAUCCACCAACCAACACCACCUACUUCUACGAGGAGACCACCAACACAACCACUAGCAACCGGCCUGGUUCCCCAUACCACAACGGAUACCCACCUGCUGAACCUCCAAAAACGAUCGUCUACAAACAAGAAACUCAUACCACCAACAACACUUAUGGUCCCAACAGACCUAGACCAGACGUCGAGACAUUUGAUCCCAACAAUCCUCCAUACGGAUUUAAGAAGAAUCCAAACGAACCGAUAAAUAUUCACUACUCUUACAAAUCAACAAGCAAGACCGAAAACAAUUAUAAAGGAGGAUAUCCGCCCAAUGGGGAGACAGAAAGUCUGUUGCCCAAGAAAUUCCCAACUCAUGACGGACCUGAUGGACCUCCCAAGAAAUUGGACGAGCUUAUGGCCACAAUAGGACGUGAGCCUCCAAACAGUCCACUAAACGCAGGCUUCCUUCAACACGAAGAAGAAAAGGCACACCAAAAGAAGGUAGACAGUUUGAAACAAAAAUCAGAAGUGGAAACUUUACAAAAGAAAGAACCACCACCAAAAUCGAAGAACAUCGCUGGGCCACCCGUGUACUAUCCUCCAGGAGAAAUGUUUUUGAAGAAAGAAGAAGGUGGCGAAGCUUGGAGAGCACAGGGAGGAUAUGCCAGAGCAUCUGGAAAAUACCAAUACGAAGCAGAAAGCAGGAGCAAAUCAAAAUCGAGUAGUGGUGCUGCAGUUGUUCCUGUUUGUCUACCUUUGUGCUGUGGUCUUCCUUGUACCAUCUUGUAAAAACCCCCAAGUGUCUUUCAUAUAUGUUUUUAAAUAAGAAUUCACAAGUGCCUUGAUUGUUUUUAAACGGAUAUAUGCACAAACACGUGCAAAACAUUCAAAGAAGUAUAUUUUUGUACUAAUUUUUUUCUGAUUGUAUUAGCUGACGGUACCAAAAAUCAUUAUUAAAUGGAAGGAUUUGAUAGUAUUCUUUACUAAGCGUUAAGUUUGAACAAAAACUAAAAUGGUGGACCCUCGAUAUUUACCUGCGCGUCAAAAAGUUUUGUCAUUUUUACUUGACUGGUAUUAGUAUUCAGUUACUAGUCUGGCCUCCUAGAAGUCCAGACCUUAACUCGAUAGAGCAUUUGUGGAACGAAACAGGAACAUUAACGGAAAGGUAGACAAUGAGUAUGGUGGGAUUAUGAAUAUGCACGGGUUAUAGUGUCUAUGAAUCUAUGUGCAAUUAUCUGAUAGACAAAAAUUUAUGCUGCUUCAAAAAUUUGUUUUGUAUUUAGUCAGAUAUUAAUGACGCACAGGUAAAAAUCCAGGGCCCUAUUGUAUAAAUAUUCAUAGAAGGAGAAACACGAUACUUAAAGGAAAAGAUGAUUUAAAAUAUGAUAAUCAAUAAGAGAACUUUAUAUAGGAUAUUUUUAUUUUCAGAACAAAUAAUAUAAGACUUUUAACAUGAACAAAUCCCUAGAUAAACCACGACAUGACACUACUUUUUAUUUUAAUAUUGUUUAUGGUGCUGCUAUAUUCUACAUAAAAAUACCUCAACUUACAUUCACUUAAAUACUCUGAUCAGAAUCUUAACCCAUUGUAAAACUAAUACUAACUACAAAACAAUAAAUGUAAAAAAAACUUUAGGUUAUUUCCACAAGUAGUUUUUAAAUCUAUAACUUAUUAAAAAUUGUAAAAUUUGUAAUUUUCUUAGUGUAUGUUUAAUGUACAUAUAUAUUUCGUGAAAAAGCUUUAAAAAUGUAAUUGUUUUACUCAUAAAUUGUUAUAUACAGAACUCGAAAUACGAUAAUUAUUUUACUCUUGCCUGUUAACAACAAAAUGUGUCUAAUAAAUAAUGUAUUUUAAUAAAUAAGUUAUUAAAAACUA